CGCACGUCCGCUCCGUCCUCAAGACAACACUCAGAGCAUCAGGCGAACGCUCAUCACCAACAGCACAAGCGUCAUCGUGACGGCUCGUGCACACGUCUCAACGGCAAUCGCGUUUGGUCCUAGACGACUUCCAAUCGUCUUCCAGCUUUGUCCCUCUCACGAGCUCCACCCUCACCAUGGUCACAUUCAAGAGCAGCAAUUUCACCGCUGCCAUGCGGGCAGGCCUCGAGAUGCCCACAGAAAGCAUCCCUCUGCCCUCACCAGAGACCGUGGAGAAGGCCGAGGCGCUGGAUCCAGCAGCGAGGGAGGAGAUUUACAAGGUCGGUCUAGCCUACAUCAGGCACCGACGCGGGACUGAGAAGGCGGUGGGAAGGGUAUACAAGAUGGCCGAGGCGCGCGAGCAGGAGCUCAGGCGCGAGGAGGAGGACAAGAAGAGGAAGCGGGAGGAGAAGGAGAAGAAGAAGGCAAAGGGGGAGACGAAGGAGGAGGAUGAAGACAUGGACGAGGAUGGCGACGAGGCGGGCGGUGAGGCGGGCGGUGAAGCGAGCGGCGAGGCUGCCGGCGAGGCUGAAGACGAGGCGGGCGGCGAGAUGGACGGCGAGGGAGAGGAGUCGGCGGAGCAACUGGCGCGUGUGGUCGAGAUUGGAAGGAUCGCGCGCGCGUACGCUCUGGAUCACUUCAUCAAGGAGGCCGCAAAUUACACCGUCAAGGAGGAGGACUCCAACACCGCGCCUGCCGACCCCUCCCAGCCUCCUCUUGACCCUCCCCAGCCUCUCGUCAAGGACCUCGUCGUUGGCAUCGUCCGUUGGUCCACUCCAGGGGACUGCAAGAGCUACGACAUGGACAAGGUGCUCGCGCACUUUGUCCAAGUACUCGAGCGCUCUUGGCACCUCUUCGGGGACCCGGCGCGGGGCUUCAAGCACCCGAACCCCCAAAACGGCGAAGUGAAGAUCUUCUUCACAGGUCGCGUAGGGAGUGCCAUGGCGAGCUUCACUGUCAAAGGAGGCAGAGUACAGCAUCAGGUCUGGGAGGAUGACCUGCCCCAGUUCGAGCGGGCAUACAGGAUCAUCCUGUUCGGCGACGACGCCUGGUCGGUCGAGCGCCGCACGCUCCUGUACUUCCUCAGCAAGAUCUCCGCCGACAUUGUCUACCUGAAAGGAGACAUCGACGGAGCGACGUUCAAGGUGUUCACGGCGGCCGAGCUCCUCUCCAUCCUCCACGACACCAAGGCUCCUCGCGCGGACGAGAUCCUCCCUGUCCUCCUCUCUGGCGCCCAAAGGAGAUUGUUGGAGCGCGCUGGCACGGGAGGCCGAGUCUGCCCAUCGAUUUACACUUCUUCUGUCUACCUGCCUUCACAUUGAGCUCCUUGCUCACUCACCGCGCCUUCCCUCUUUCGACUCAACUUCACGUCCGCCUCACCCUUGGUCCAGCACUCCACUGGGCGUCACACCCAUCCAAGGAUGAGCAGCAAACAGUGAUCAGCAGCAGCCUCGUCGCCCAGCAGCUUCCUUUCUCGACAUUUCCUGCGUCAAGUCUCGCGGACAGCGUUGGGCCU